UUUAAGCAGCGCACGAGGAUUCAUCAGCGGUUCUGUCCCGCGUGGAACUCGUUGGAACAAUCUAAGCCAAGAGCGACACUCAAAUUUCAACCGCCGUCGGUUUGGGAUCCACGGCAAAUAAUAAUUUUUGAUAAGAGAACAUCUAUUUCUGCACUGUCAUACAUCGCUGGCUUAAUUCUUACAGGCAACGGGCGAAACACCCGUCCUCACCACGUUGACUUUGCCUGGACGGGUUGACAACUGUCAUAUAAGUUGUUGUCGCUAUCUUGCCAGCGUGGAGCUGGCCUAUUAUUUUGGAUAAAAACAUCAACUUGGAAAGCUAACGUCAGUCUAUCUAAAUCUAAAUCAGGGAAGAUGACUGAGCAACUGGAACACAUCCUAUCGCAGCUUACGCAGCCUGACAAUGCGAUUAUUCAGCAGGCCACAGUACAGCUGAAACAAGCUUUCAAAGACCCUGCUAUUAUACCUGCGCUAUGUGCGGUUAUGACAGGUUCGCAGAACCCGCAGAUCCGCCAGUCUGCAGCCGUUAUGUUGAGAAUGAGGGUUAAGAAGCACUGGAAGAAAAUAAGUCCAGACCACAGGGAAAGUUUAAAAGCAGUGGUCCUUCAAGCUUUCCAAAACGAGACGGAACACACAGUGCGUUACUCACUCUCUCAGCUCAGUGCUGUGAUGGUCAAACAUGAGACACCUGACCGCUGGCCAGCCCUGCUGACUCUGCUCAACGAGUCUACCCACAGCACCAACCCACAAGAUAGACAGGUGGGUCUUCUACUGCUGAGCAAAGUGGUUGAGUCCAACCCAGAGCCCUUCAAGCCACACUACCGGCAGCUUCUGCAGUUGUUUGGCACUGUGCUGCAGGACCUGAACAACCCCACUGCCCUUUACUACUGCAUCCUCACCAUAACUGCCAUCACAGCCUACACAGGCUCAGAGGAGAUGAACAUUAUGCGUUCCCUAGUCCCAAGACUGAUCACUGCCCUGAAGCACCUAAUCACAGCAGAUGAGAGCCAGGCCAGCGAGGCCAUGGAAGUGCUGGAUGAGCUAAUGGAGAGUGAGGUGUCCAUCAUUGUCCCUCACCUUGCUGAGAUAGUACGCUUCUGUCUGGAGAUCGGUGCAGAUGCUUCACUCAGUGACUCCCUUCGGGUCAAGGCUCUCUCCUGCAUCACUGUCCUGAUUAGACUUAAGAGCAAGGCUGUGCUGAAGCAGAAGCUGUUGAACCCCAUCCUCCAGACGGUGUUCCCUGUGCUGAGUGCAGCGCCUCCCCCUGGUGAGGAGGACCCGGAGGACGACGAGAAUGGCAAUGAUGAUAAUGACGAUAAUGAGAAUCCCAAGCACUUAGCUGCCCAGGUCAUCGACACCAUGGCUCUCCAUAUGCCACCUGAGAAGCUUUUUCAGCAGCUGAUGCCCCUUGCACAGGGUUGCCUGGCGAGUCAGAAUCCCUACGAGCGGAAGGGAGGGCUCAUGUGUCUGGCAGUCCUGGCUGAGGGCUGUGCUGACCACAUCCGCACAAAACUGCUGUCCUCCAUGCUGCAGACUGUUUGUCAGAGCCUCUCCGACAGCAACCAGGUGGUGCGUAGUGCAGGUCUGUUUGCCCUCGGCCAGUUCUCUGAGCACCUACAGCCUGAAGUUAGCAAGUACCAUGCAGAGCUCAUGCCACUUCUACUGGGCUACAUGUCUGGCCUGAACCAGGCCAAGAUCGGACACGUGACCAAGGCCUUCUACGCCCUGGAGAACUUUGUCGAGAAUUUAGGUGAUGAUAUCCAGCCCUAUCUCCCAACUCUGAUGGAGACGAUGCUAUCUGCUUUGAGUGGCUCUGAAAGUCUGAAGAUAAAGGAGUUGGCUGUCAGUGCCAUUGGAGCUAUUGCCAAUGCUGCCAAAGAGCAGCUGGUGCCUUACUUCUCGCCUGUGAUUGAGAGUCUCAAGGGUUUCCUGACUGACACCCGUGAUGAGAUGAGGGCCCUGCAGACACAAGCCCUGGACACUCUCUCGGUGCUGGCCCGGACCAUAGGGAAGGAGGUGUUCAGCCCCCUGGCUGCUGAGUGUGUGCAGCUGGGCCUGAAUCUCACAGACGCCGUGGAUGAUCCCGACCUGCGCCGCUGCACGUACAGCUUGUUCUCUGCCGUGUCCACAGUCAGCCCUGACUGUCUGGUUCCUCAUCUGACUGCCAUCUCCACAGUGAUGCUGCUGUCACUCAAGUCAACCGAGGGAGUUACGGCCCACCUAGAGGAGGACAAGCAGUUUGUCCUUUUAGAUGACGACGAUGAUGAGGAAGAGGAGGGAGCAGGUGACACCAUUUUGGAAGAGGAUGGAGAUAACGAUGUAACUGUGCCGGAUGUUGCUGGGUUCAGUGUGGAAAACGCUUACAUUGAUGAGAAGGAGGAUGCCUGUGACGCCCUGGGAGAGAUUGCCUUCAACACAGGAGUUGCCUUUCAACCAUUCCUGGAGUCCAGCUUCCAGCAGGUCUUUGAUCUGCGUGAUUUCCCCCAUGAGGACGUGCGGCGGGCAGCCUUUGGAGCCCUGGGUCAGUUCUGCCGGGCUCAGCACAAAGUAUGGCAGGCCAACCCUACCGAGGAAAAUCACCAGGCGCUGCAUAAGCUGCUGGGUGUGGUGAUGCCGUGCUUCCUGGAGGCAGUGCGUGCGGAGCGCGAGCGGCAGGUUGUGAUGGGCGUGCUGGAGGCCAUGAACAGCGUGGUGAAGACCUGCCAGGGGGAGGCGGUGCAGGUCCCGGGCAGGCUGGCCGAGAUCAGCCACGCCAUCAGAGACGUGCUGAAGAAGAAGACGGUGUGCCAGGAUGGUGGUGGUGGCGACGGUGAUGAUGAUGACGAACAGCAGGCGGAGUUCGAUGCCAUGCUGCAGGAGUUUGCCGGAGAGGGCAUCCCUCUGCUGGCAUCAGCUGUGCCUGCUGAAACCUUCCUGCCCUACCUGAACGAGCUGCUGCCCCUCAUCAUGAACAAGGCGAAAUCCACGUGCACGGUGGCCGACCGCUCCUUCUCCGUGGGGACGCUCGGGGAGACUCUGCACGCGCUCUCUAAGGUGCAGGGCGGCACGGGCGUGGCCGGACGGCUGUCCAAUCGGCUGCUGCCUGUGCUGGUGACCGGGGUGAAGGACCAAGACCCUGAGGUGCGCAACAACAGCGUGUACGGACUGGGAGUUCUUGCCCAGGCCGCUGGACCCAUUGUCGUCUCUGACUACCCCAUGAUGCUGUCUCUCUUCUCCAACCUGCUGGCCAAGGAGUCGGACCGCAGGGUCAUUGACAACCUGUGUGCUGCCCUGUGCAGGAUGAUCAUGACUAACAUGGAGAGUGUGCCAGUGGAUCAGGUCUUCCCUGCCCUCAUAGCACAACUUCCCCUGAAGGAGGACCUGGAGGAGAACAAGACCAUCUAUCAGUGCCUGGCCUUUUUGUACUCUCACAACCCUGCACUGGUUGUAAGCCAACUGAAGGCCAUUGUAGCUGCUUCCAACCAUGUUUUGGGAAGUAAGGACCUAGACGAAGAAACCCAGAAUACAAUGCUUCUGCUGCUUAGAGACGUCGCCCAGCGACACGCUCAGGAGUUUCAGGGUGCGUUGAUGUCACUUCCUGCGGAGCAGAGGACCAAGAUGACUACAGCUGUCACACAAUCAUAGCCCCUCCCACCAGGCCUUCCAUUCUGAAUUGAAAACUAGCCAAAUUUGUUAUAGAAUUUUUUACUAUAUAUGACAUCAAACAUCAGAAGACAAAUAUAUACAUAUUUCAGAACUUAACACUUAAACUCAAUUACACCAUCAAUGUCUGGAAUAUUCUUUUAAUUUAUAGUUUACCCGGUCAUAUGUUCAUUGUUACUAUUUUACUUUUGUGUUAAGUUAUGUUCUCAGUUACCAGUUUUGAAGUGCAUUCUUAUUGUUAUUUUGUUCUUUUUUUUCAAUUUUAAUUUAGUGACCUCUAGUCUUUUAUCAAUUUGUUUCCCUCUCCACAAUUCCAUGAUAUUCUGGCUUGGCUAGUUUAUGUGUGAAGCUAUGAAUUUAUCACUCUAUAAAGGCUUUGCAGAGA